UUUCCUCCCUCGCGGUCUUCACAUCCUCUCUUGGAAACUUCUUCCAAGGUUUGGCACAUUUUCCGAGGAUCACCAACCCAAUCUCCCGAACCGACUCACCCGAUCUGACUCGCCAACUCCCCACCAUGGAGAUCGCACCGGCCACUCCGGCCACCGACUCACCCAGUCGUGAAGAUAGCUCUUCGCCUGAUAGCGUCGCGACGACUUCGGCUUCAUCGCCGUCUUCUUUACCGGAGAAGGAACUGAACGCCUCCAUGGCUUCUUCUUCUCCGGCGGCUUCGAAGUACGAUGAGGAUGAGGACGAGGAGGACGUGUGUAGGAUUUGCCGGAACCCAGCUGAUUCUGAUCACCCGCUUAGGUAUCCAUGCGCGUGUAGUGGGAGUAUAAAGUACGUUCACCAGGAUUGUCUCCUUCAGUGGCUCAAUCACAGCAACGCUCGCCAGUGCGAGGUUUGCAAGCAUGCAUUUUCCUUUUCUCCUGUAUAUGCUGAGAAUGCACCAGCAAGGCUUCCUUUUCAAGAGUUUGUGGUUGGGAUGGCCAUGAAAGCAUGCCAUGUUCUGCAGUUCUUUCUGCGUCUAAGUUUUGUACUUGCUGUUUGGCUUCUCAUCAUUCCAUUCAUUACAUUUUGGAUUUGGCGGUUGGCUUUUGUAAGGAGUUUUGGUGAAGCGCAUAGAUUAUUCCUGAGUCACUUGUCUACCACAGUUAUCCUUACUGAUUGUCUGCAUGGGUUCCUACUUUCUGCUAGCAUUGUGUUUAUUUUUCUUGGGGCCACAUCUCUGAGGGAUUAUUUUAGGCAUUUACGAGAACUUGGAGGGCAGGAUGCUGAUAGAGACGACGAAGGGGAAAGAAAUGGUGCCCGUGCUGCAAGAAGACCUCCUGGACAAGCUAAUAGGAAUUUGGUUGGUGAGGCAAAUGGGGAAGAUGCUGGUGGUGCACAAGGAAUUGCUGGAGCAGGUCAACUGAUUAGAAGGAAUGCUGAAAAUGUAGCAGCUCGGUGGGAGGCGCAAGCAGCUCGUCUUGAGGCUCAUGUUGAACAAAUGUUUGAUGGUUUAGAUGAUGGUGAUGGUGCAGAGGAUGUACCCUUUGACGAGCUCGUUGGCAUGCAGGGUCCUGUCUUUCAUUUGGUUGAAAAUGCAUUUACAGUUUUGGCCAGCAAUAUGAUAUUUCUUGGUGUUGUAAUCUUUGUGCCAUUCUCUUUUGGUCGGAUUAUACUCUAUUAUGUAUCUUGGGCGUUCUCCACGGCAAGUGUUCCAGUUUUGUCAACAGUAAUGCCAAUAACAGAAUCAGCACUAUCCUUGGCAAAUAUUACAUUGAAGAGUGCUUUAACUGCUGUUACAAAUUUGUCUGAUGGCGGUGAAGACAAUGGUGUGCUUGGACAGGUUGCCGAAGUGUUGAAAGCUAAUGCUAGUGGAUCAAAUGAACUCUCAAGCAAUAUAAGUUCACCGCUUUCUGCAGAUCUAUUGAAGGCAGCAAGUAUUGGUACAUCACGACUUUCUGAUGUCACAACUCUUGCUGUUGGAUACAUAUUCAUAUUUUCUUUAGUUUUCUUCUACCUUGGGUUCAUUGCUUUGGUUCGGUACACAAGAGGUGAGCCUUUAACUAUGGGGAGAUUUUAUGGUAUUGCUUCUAUGGCGGAGACCAUCCCAUCCCUCUUCAGGCAGUUCUUAGCAGCCAUGAGGCAUUUGAUGACGAUGAUCAAAGUUGCUUUCCUUCUUGUCAUUGAACUUGGUGUGUUCCCAUUAAUGUGUGGAUGGUGGCUAGAUGUAUGUACCAUAAGGAUGUUCGGCAAAUCAAUGGCUCAAAGAGUUCAGUUCUUUUCAGCAUCUCCCUUGGCAAGUUCACUGGUGCAUUGGGUUGUCGGAAUUGUUUACAUGCUACAGAUAAGCAUAUUUGUCAGUCUACUUCGAGGGGUUUUGCGUAAUGGAGUACUCUACUUCCUUCGAGAUCCAGCCGAUCCCAACUAUAAUCCAUUCCGUGAUCUUAUUGACGAUCCUGUUCAUAAGCAUGCUCGCAGGGUGUUGUUAUCUGUUGCAGUAUAUGGGAGUCUUAUAGUGAUGUUGGUGUUUUUACCAGUCAAACUUGCCAUGCGGAUGGCACCCUCCAUUUUUCCGCUAGAUAUAUCGGUAUCUGAUCCAUUUACUGAAAUUCCAGCAGACAUGCUUCUGUUUCAAAUAUGCAUUCCGUUUGCCAUUGAACAUUUUAAAUUACGGACAUCAAUUAAAUCCCUUCUUCGCUAUUGGUUUACGGUAGUUGGCUGGGCACUUAGUUUGACAGAUUUCUUAUUGCCCAAACCUGAAGCUAAUGGUGGUCAGGAAACAGGAAAUGCAGAGCCAGGAAGGCAGGAUAGACUACAGGUAGUACAACUAGGUGGGCAGGACCAGCCGCUGGUGCCGCUCCCAGGUGCUGAUGAUUUAAAUGGAGCAACAUUUGCAUCUAGGGAUGUAAAUGUUGCAGAAGACUACGAUGUUGAUGAGCAAUCUGACUCGGAAAGGUACGGCUUUGUUCUUCGCAUUGUCCUCUUGCUGGUGGUGGCGUGGAUGACUCUACUUGUCUUCAACUCUACCUUGAUAGUUGUACCAGUUUCACUUGGAAGAACAAUUUUUAAUACUAUUCCUGUUCUCCCAAUAACACAUGGCAUUAAAUGCAAUGAUUUAUAUGCUUUCAUUAUUGGAAGCUACGUCAUUUGGACUGCUAUAGCUGGAGUCAGAUAUUCCAUUGAGCAUGUCAAGACAAAAAGAGUCGCAGUUCUUUGUGGUCAGAUCUGGAAGUGGUGUGGCAUUGUUACUAAGAGCUUUGCACUUCUUUCAAUCUGGAUAUUUGUCAUUCCAGUAUUAAUUGGGUUACUCUUUGAGCUUCUGGUGAUUGUACCAAUGCGAGUGCCUGUGGAUGAAAGCCCAGUUUUCCUUUUGUAUCAGGACUGGGCACUAGGUCUUAUUUUUCUUAAGAUCUGGACUAGACUGGUAAUGCUGGAUCACAUGAUGCCGCUGGUAGAUGAAAGUUGGAGAAUAAAAUUUGAAAGAGUGAGAGAAGAUGGUUUCUCCAGGCUUCAAGGUCUCUGGGUGCUACGUGAGAUUGUGUUCCCGAUUGUUAUGAAGUUGUUGACUGCCCUUUGUGUCCCAUAUGUUCUCGCCAGGGGGGUGUUUCCUGUGCUUGGGUACCCAUUAGUUGUUAAUUCCGCAGUCUAUCGGUUUGCCUGGUUGGGAUGCCUGUGUUUGAGCGUCUUUUGCUUUUGUGCAAAGCGAUUCCAUGUCUGGUUUACCAACCUGCACAAUUCAAUUCGUGACGACCGAUAUUUGAUUGGCCGUCGGCUUCAUAACUUUGGGGAGGACCAUGAAUUAAGGCAAAAUGAAGCUGAAACCUCAAAUGAUAUGGAAAGCUUUGAUAUGCAGCAAGGCACAGUUCUGAUUCAAGAUGGUGGGCUGCGAUUCAGACAUGCUAUUCAACAUGAACCAUAAUAAUUAGGGAGGUUAUAGGAAAGGAGGUUCUUGUUUUGGUCUUAGGUUGUGAAUCGUUGGGACGUGUAUACACCAUGGAUUGUAUACUCCCUUACGAGCGGGUGUAUAAUAGGGCUCGCCUGAAUACUCUUCUAACUUUGAGUUAAUGGCUUGUGCAUUUUUAAAAUAGUAAUUUAAAGCUAAUGAAAUCAAGUUCCCACAAAA